UCACACCUAAGUACCCACAUCGAACAUACUUUAACUCCUCUGAAAGGUCUACUGUGGGAUCAUCCUAUUGGGGUAAAAACAUAUUAUCUGUGAAUGAUGUUGAAUGGAAGAAGCAUCGAAAGGCAGUAUGGAAGGAGACGACUCGAUUCUUCAGGGAGAUGGUCGAAGUUGACGAAUGGCCAAUGGAAAGUGGCGCGAGUAUCUCCUUUGGCAACGUGAAUAGUUUUACGCAGCGACUAGCACUCUAUGCUAUCCUCUCUUGUGGAUUUGGCUUGCCAAUGUCAUGGGAUUCCGUCAAGUCCGGUAUGUCUCCACAUCAUUUCAUGAUAAAUUUGUGCCUGAUUGAGGCGAAUAGGUGGCGCCGUAUGGUCAACGCAGUGACAGCGUUACGAAAGUGGUUCUAUAAAUCCGUUGCCGAUAAAAGUGCAGAGGUAUCUAAACUGUUGAGUGAGACGGAUGGGGACCUAGAAACCAGUGGCGUCAAAAAAGAUAUCUUCAGCUUGAUUACCUUGGCAAGCCAGCAAGAUGCUAAGCUGCAUUUGCACGAUAAUGAGCUUGUAAGUGAUAUCCUAUUUCAAUGCUGUAUCACCACCUUUAAUUUUGUGUCGGUUCUUAGAUUGGCAAUAUUUGGGAUCUUUGCUGGUCACGAGACAACCGCUGGAACGCUGGCUGUCACGUUUUGUUACCUCGCCGCCAACAAAGAGGAGCAACAAAUGAUUCAAAGAGAGAUUGAAGAGAUCUCUCAGAAGUUGGGUAGGGAGACUGAGGACUUGCCCUUUGAGGAAUACGAGUCGUUGGUCAAGACUAGGGCGGCAUUCGUAGAGGCACUCAGAUUGGUCCCUGCAGCGAAUAUGUUACUUAGAGGCACCAGAGAGGAUACGCUUCUUCAAGUACCUGUCAAGUCGGAAGAUGGCGAGUACAUUGAAAGGAGCAUCGCUGUACCCAAGGAUACCACAUUGAUUGUGGACAUGAUUGGCCUAC